AUGGCCUCGGAUAACGGUCCCAUCGCGACCGAAGCCCCUCUUCUGGCUGCGUCCGCUCCUGUCGCAUCGGACGCAUUCGUGCUCGGAGGAGAUCCCGCUCGCUCAAAGUCUCUCAAGAGAGCUCGCGAGACCACCCCGACCUCCCCUACGUCUGCUGCCGUCGACCCCGUCGCCGAUCCCGCCGCUGCCGCUCCUGUCAUCGCGCCCUUCGACUUUCCUUCGCCCACCAAAUCCGCCCGCUUUGCCCUGGCUUCCUCACGCCGCUCCCCGACGCCCUUGACAGCUGCCGCCGCCCUCGAAGCUCUCGACGAAGAGCGAAGACGGGAACAGCGCCUGAACCCUCCCGGCUCCAGCGACAACCCGGGCCACUCGGUUCUCUCUGUUCUCGCCGGCAGUGUCGCCGCCAUGAGUCGUCCGGACGACGCGCCCCAGGCGCCCACAGCUUCCAUGGAGGCCUCUACCAAGGAACCCCAAACCGUCUCGAUACCGCAACCCAACAAUGCGCCCGCAGAGAACGCGGAGAUCAGCCCGCAGAGCGCAACAAGUGUCGCGAGCAUAGCUGGCGCGUUGGUGACGGCCAGCCCGGGUCCCAUGGAGGUCGACCACAAGACCAACGAGCAGCCCCAACAGCAGCAGCAGUCUCAGCCUCAGCUGCAGGCUACCCCCCAACCGCCGCACCCGGCCACUGCCCAAGAAGACAAGACCACCCCCGGAUCGCUAUCCUACCCCGGGUCGCUUCAAGCCGCGGCCAUGAUGCCCGCACCGCCGGCGCGCGGUAUGAGCUUUCCCAUGCCGUCGCCCGGUCACGAAUCCCCUACUCAGUCUUCCGGCAAGAAGCACAAAUGCCCUUUCUGCGACACCGAGUUCACGCGCCACCAUAACCUGAAGAGCCAUCUACUCACCCACAGUCAGGAAAAGCCGUACAUUUGCCAGGAAUGCUCGAUGCGCUUCCGCCGUCUUCACGAUUUGAAGCGCCACAGCAAACUCCACACCGGCGAAAAGCCCCAUGUGUGCCCCAAGUGCGAUCGCAAGUUCGCUCGCGGCGACGCGCUGGCCAGGCACAGCAAAGGCGCAGGCGGAUGCGCCGGCCGCCGAUCAAGUAUGGGCAGCUUCGCCGAGACGGACGACAUGGACGGGCCGAGCAUGGCCGAUGGUGACGACUCAAUGGCCGGCGUGGUCUACGGAAACGAGGAAGACAUGACGGAAGAAGAAAGACGCCUGAGCUUGCCCAGCAUCAAGGCUCAGCACGUAGCAGGACAGGGCAAUAUGGAAGGGUAUGCCCCUCACUCCCGGACAUAUCCCCCGGCAGGCCCACGGCCCGGAACGACCGGCGGACUGUAUCCGCCGAACGUCGACCGCGGCGCAUCAAGUACCAACACAUCCCCAAGCAUGCCGAACAGCAUUGCCGGAGGCCACACGCCGAACACGAGCGUGUCUUCCAUGCCCGUAAGUGGUGGUUCCAUCUACUCGCAAAGUGGCAUGACAGAGAGUCCAAAGCCUUUGAGCCCUGGAACUGCACAUGACACGGCCAACAUUGCGAGGCAGCGAUCUCCAAGUCUCACACAGCAAUUCCAGCAGCAACAAUUCGGCCGCAGGCCCUCGGAGAGGAACACCUCCCCAGUUUUUGCUGCUCCGGCUGGGGCCCACCCCCGCGGCGCUGGAAGCGGGACAGAGAACGGCAACAACAUGUUCGCCACGGAUCCCGGCCUCUGGGCGUACGUGCAGAACCUGGAGGAGAAAGUCAAACAAUUGUCGGAUAAGAUCACGGCAUUCGAAAAGGCGGACACCGCCAAGCAGGCACAGAUUGGGCUGCUCACGAGCGAGGUCACUGGCUUGAAGAAGCAGCUGGAGGCUCGUGAGGCCGAAACGACCGAGGUCAAGGCGUAA